UAGUCUUUUAUCAGGUGGUAUAAAUCUGCAGGACUAAGCUACUUGCUCAGUAUAGGAGCGACACCAUGAUCCACUUCACCAUUGCUGCCGCCUUUAUAGCCGUUGUAGCUGUAAACGGUGACGGUGGUCCAGUGUGCCAUACGUGCAGCAAUGUUGCCAGUCUCGAAGCCUGCACCGACCAGAUCAACUGUGAUGCUGAUGAGGAGUGCUACAUGGAGAAGACUCUGGACAAUGUGCUGAGCACAAGUUUCACUUUCGGUUGUCAGAAGACCAAGGUCUGCUCGAUGCUCUCUGCUGGCUCGGGAGCAGUCAUUGGACGGAAGCGGAACGUGCGGACCGUGCCUGGGACGAGGGCCAAGCGAGCAGUGACCUUGUGUUCCCAGUGCUGUAGCGGGAACCUGUGUGCUAAGGGCUUGUGUGUAGGAGGAUCAACGACCGGGGUCCCCGCCAAGAACGAGGUGUACGUGCAGCUGCUGGGAGGCUCGAACGCCUACGAGGGCACCGUGCUGGUGUACUUCAACAACGCCUGGGGCACCAUCUGCGACGACAACUGGACCAACACUGAUGCUGGCGUCAUCUGCAAGAUGCUGGGAUACUCCGAUGUGGGGGCAGGCGCCGUGGGACAGGCGAGAUUCGGCUACUUCAGCAGCGGACGCAUUUGGCUGGAAGACGUUGCGUGUACGGGCAAUGAAACAAGCAUCGCACAGUGUCAGGAAAGUAGCUGGGGUAUCACUGACUGCUCCCACAGAGAAGACGCUGGGGUGUUGUGUACGUCAGUUUCAAAGGAAGAUGACGUCAUAUUUCUGGCGGACACGGGCCGUGGAGGAAAAGUGACCCGCAUGAAUCUCCUGACCGGCAGCUUCGUGGACAUCCCAGUCAACAAAAACUACGCCGUCGGCUCCUUCGACUACGACUCAGUUGAAGGUCGGAUCUACUUUGUGGAGCCGCGACUCGACCAAUUGGUCAGUGUACACUUUGACGGAACAGACAUCAGAGAGUUGAAGCAGUUAUCCACUAACGCCGACCUGGAGAAACUGGAGGUUGACCCUGUCAACCGCAUCCUUUUCUACACCGACACUGGCAAUGACGUCAUCGGCUCCAUUAACCUCGACGGCAGCAACUUCCAAAUUGUUAUCAACUCUAAUCUUGAUGAACCCCGAGAGAUCGCUGUUGACCCUCGCUCAAAGCAGAUCUACUGGACGGACUGGGGAAAGUCUCCAAAGAUAGAGCGCUCCAAUUAUGAUGGCACCGAAAGACAGACCCUGAUCACGACUGGGAUCAUGUGGCCGAACGGCAUGGCGAUAGACUACAACGACAACAAGCUGUACUUCGUGGAUGGGGGCACGCACCUGCUGGAGGUGAUGGACAUGGACGGUGGCAACCGACACACCGUCAUGAAGGACGCCGGUGCCCACUUCUUCGCCAUCGACGUCUUCAAAAAUUACCUCUUCUACACCGACUGGAACCAACAAACCUUGAUGCGGGUCAACAAGGACGGUAGCGGUAAAACGGCUGUCGGUCCACCAAGCUUCCGGGAACUCGCCGAUAUCAGGAUCCACGAAUACGGACUGGAUGUCCAGGCACCAUCACCAUCCUCGCACGUGACCUUAGACCCCAAGCACGUGUUUGUGCGCAUGCUCGGGACCGCGUCCGCUGGCCGGGUGGACGUGUACGCCAAUGGCGAGUGGGGGUCAAUCUGCGACGACCACUGGGACAACAAAGAUGCCAGUGUGGUGUGCUCCAUGCUCGGGUAUAACAGAGAGAACGCCCUGGCCACAUCCAGUGUGAAGGUGUCAUCGGGCACGGGCCUCAUCUACAUGGACGAAGUGAACUGUACCGGUACGGAAACUCACAUCGUACAGUGCGGCUUCACCGAGGACAACUGGGCCAAGUCCGACUGCACCCACCAAGAGGACGCCGGGAUCACGUGUGAACUCCCACAGACUCCAGACAACUUCCUCAUUUUCACCGACGUGUACAGCGGACACCUGUUCAGGAUGGACAUGGAGAGCUUCAGUUUCACCGCCAUACCCCAACCGUCCAGCCCAAACCCCGUCGCUCUCACCUACGAUGACGUCACAAAACAAGUUUUCUACUCUGAGGUUGUGCCCAACCCGGGCAGUCAAAUAAGAAGCGUUGGCAUAGACGGCAGCGGCGUGAAGGUCGUCAAACAACUGAGCAAUGGAACUGUCCCAGAUGGGUUAGCAGUGGAUGCAGCAGCGGCAAAACUCUUCUAUACAGACGCCGGAAGUGACGUCAUUGCCUGGACGUCGUUGGACGGAACUGGACAGACAGUAAUAGCUCAUGACAAACUCGACCAGCCCAGAGGAAUCGUGCUGGACACAGCUAACCAAGUGGUGUUCUGGACGGACUGGGGCCAGACGCCGAAGAUCGAGAGCGCGGACUACUCUGGGGCAAACAGAAAAACUAUCGUAUCCACCGGCAUCCAACUGCCCAACGGUCUGGCAAUAGACUUGAAGGCUGGUCGUUUGUACUUUUGUGACGCGGGCACACAUCAGAUCGAGGCUGUUGACCUUGAUGGUGGAAACCGGAAGGUCAUCUAUCAAGACAACUCAGCUCACUUCUACGGACUCGCUUUGUCCGACAAAUACAUCUUCUACUCUGACUGGAACAAAAGCGGCCUGAUGAAGAUCAACAGGGACGGGACAGGCAACGCCAUGGCCGGACCCCCGGGAUUCUCCAGGAUCAACGCCCUCGCCGCCUACCAGGUACAAGCGUAGGAUGUUCUCCCCUCCACUCCACACGCUGACGGCUGUAUAGUUCAUGUACCUUUUUAAACAACGGUUAACAACAACAAAAAUUAUCCAGCAA